AUGUUUCAGAGGACAUCGGAGGUAAGCCGCCCUCGUUUGUUCACUCUUUGGGUUCUGAUCGGAGACACUGACGAUGCGGGCGACGUGGUUCACAAAUACAAGCCGGAGGACGUUUCGUUCUGUGAUGUCAGCCUCUAUCUAGAGCCUGCCUCGGUUCAGCACGAACCCUGGGUUCCGGCUGCGAGUAAGUGGAAACAGUUGCAGAAGAGAUUCCCGGGAUUCCUCAAGUCAUCAAGCGGGCUUGUGCAGGUCCAUCAGUCACUCUUGACUAGCGUGAUUGCAACAGCUUCCGAUGGGAAUGAAGUGAAAGGUGCCAUACGAACUUGGGAGCAGGUCGAAUCUCAUCUGCAGGCCAGAGAUCUUCACUCACACUUUGACCUCGACCCCCACAGAGAUCGUCUAGUGUUGGCUCUUAUGGAAACUGGAUUUCCCGUCAAGUCAACCAUCCAAUCACAAUACGACUGCAUCGAGGACUAUCUUCAAGUCAUCGGUUCCGCUUACAACUCGCACACGAUCGCAUAUCCGAGCAGGGAGGAGAGGAACGCAGCAGAGUACAAGCUGCAGGACAUCCGCGCCCUGGAUGAGAUUGCCGAGGCCCGGGGCAUGUGGAGGCCCACCACAUGCUAUGGUUUUGGAGACUGUGCUAUGGCCAAUGAGAAAGACAUCUUGAAGCGCUCUUGGAGUUCCUCUUCUCUCCAUGCAACAACUGACGGAGGACACGCUGCAAAGCUCACUUGUACCCGAUCUAAGCGCCGAAAGGUCGACAAGAAAGCCGCAAUCAACGCCGAAGAAGAUGGCGAGGGUGUCUGGUUUCACCAGGAGUAUGUGGAGAUGUUGGCCGAAAGAGAACUCCGUGUAUUCAUCGCCACACGACCUGAUCUCCAUGGCACCAGAGGACUGCGAGGAGAAGUGGUGCGCGUGUGCUGCACCAGGCCCGACCCCAAGGAGGGCGGCAUGCAUGCCACUGAGGCCAUAGACAACACGUACGAGAGGCUUGGCACAACGAAAUAUGCGGUUCACGAGUUCGCCCUCGAUGUCUUCGAAGCUCUCAGAAAUCCAGAAUACGGGUGGAAAGGUCGCUUCGAGACACUUGAAGUGGGCUGUCGACUUGAUAUCUCGGCUAAGCAUGUUGGUGGUCCAUUAUUUGUGAACGAGAUUACCAGAUGGAACGGGUCUCAUUACUUCUCUAAUUACUGUACUGGCGAUCCUCAUGCUCUGAUAUGCAGCACUUACGCCACUGCAUGGAAGCGUUAUGUUGAGACACUGGCUGGAUGA